AUGUCUUUCGCUGCCCGCAACGUCCUACGGCUCUCCCGCGCCGCCGCGCCCGCCUCGCGGCUUCACACCGCCACCCGUGGCUUCGCCGUCACCGCUACCCAGCGCGUCUCCGACACGCCCAAGAAGAACAGCGUAGUUCGCGAAAAGGAGGUGCCCGCCACCAUCUACGAUGGGCCCGGCUCUGGCGAUAAGCGUACCGUACGCGUGCCCGAGGGCGCCGCCCAGAUUCCCUUUGACAGCCCUGCGCCUCCCGCCGAGAAUGAGGCCGUCGAGCCCCUCACCAAGAAGGUCUACGAGACUCUCCCACGCACCGUCCAGAACAUGACCGUCUUUGGCAAGACCAUCAUCAUCACCGGCGGCGCCCGUGGCCUUGGCAACCACAUGGCUCGUGCCUGCGCCGAGGCCGGCGCUAAGAACAUUGUCAUCUUCGACGCCAACCAGGAGUUGGGCGACGCCGCCGCCGCCGAGCUCCACGAGAAAUCAGGCAUCCCGGUCUCCUUCUUCAAGGUCGACGUCCGCGACGGAGCCGCUAUCAACGCCGCCGUCGACUCCGUCGUCGAGCUCUACGGUGCCCCCGAUGUCCUCGUCAACUCGGCCGGCAUUGCAGACUCCAACAUCAAGGCCGAGACGUACGACCCGGCCAUGUUCCGCCGUCUUAUCGACAUCAACCUCACCGGCACCUUCCUCAUGUCCCAGGCCGUCGGCCGCGCCAUGAUGGCCGCCGGCAAGCCUGGCUCCAUCGUCCUCGUCGCCUCCAUGUCCGGCUCCAUCGUAAACUACCCCCAGGAGCAGUCCUGCUAUAACGCUUCCAAGGCCGGUGUCAUUCAGUUCUCCAAAUCCCUCGCCGCCGAGUGGGCCAAGUACAAGAUCCGCGUCAACACAAUCUCCCCUGGCUAUAUGGACACGGCUCUCAACCGCGUCCCCGCCCUCGAGGCCCAGAAGAAGAUCUGGCGCGGCCUCACUCCCCAGAACCGCCUCGGCAACGUCGACGAGCUCAAUGGCCUCUGCGUCUUCCUCGCCUCCGACUCUUCUAGCUUCAUGACUGGUGCCGAUUGCCUCAUUGACGGCGGAUACUCACUUUGGUGA